GUCCUGGGCCCGGUUCUGUUCAACAUCUUUAUUAACGACUUAGACGAAGGGUUAGAAGGCACGAUCAUCAAGUUUGCAGACGACACCAAACUGGGAGGGAUAGCUAACACUCCAGAAGACAGGAGCAGAAUUCAAAACGAUCUUGACAGACUAGAGAGAUGGGCCAAAACUAACAAAAUGAAGUUCAACAGGGACAAAUGCAAGAGACUUCACUUCGGCAGAAAAAAUGGAAAUCAAAGAUACAGAAUGGGGGACGAUGCCUGGCUUGACAGCAGUGUGUGCGAAAAAGACCUUGGAGUCCUCGUGGACAACAAGUUAAACAUGAGCCAACAAUGUGAUGCGGCAGCUAAAAAAGCCAAUGGGAUUCUGGCCUGCAUCAAUAGGGGAAUAGCGUCUAGAUCCAGGGAAGUCCUGCUCCCCUCUAUUCUGCCUUGGUCAGACCACACCUGGAAUCACACUGUGUCCAAUUCUGGGCACCACAGUUGAAGGGAGAUGUUGACAAGCUGGAAAGCGUCCAGAGGAGGGAGACUAAAAUGAUUAAGGGUCUGGAGAACAAGCCCUAUGAGGAGCGGCUUAAAGAACUGGGCAUGUUUAGCCUGCAGAAGAGAAGGCUGAGAGGAGACAUGAUAGCCAUGUACAAAUAUGUGAAGGGAAGUCAUAGGGAGGAGGGAGGGAGCUUGUUUUCUGCUGCCCUGCAGACGAGGACGCAAGGGAACAAUGGCUUCAAACUGCAGGAAAGGAGAUUCCACCUGAACAUUAGCAAGAACUUCCUCACUGUGAGAGAGAGCUUUUCAGCAAUGGAACUUUCUCUCUGCCCCAGACUGUGGUGGAGGCUCCUUCUUUGGAAGCUUUUAAGCAAAGGCUGGAUGGCCAUCUGUCGGGGGUGCUUUGAAUGCGAUUUCCUGCUUCUUAGCAGGGGGUUGGACUAGAUGGCCCAUGUGGUCUCUUCCAACUCUACUAUUCUAUGAUUCUACUAUUUCCAGCUUUCCUCUCUGCUAUCUUUUCUGAAAAAGCAAUGGGAGAAAAACCCAAGGGGUUUGUUGGAAGAGGAAGGUGAUGGUUAUGCAACCUGAAAUUAAUUGAAUGAAACGUGUCUGUGUGUGUGUGUGUGUGUCACAAGAAAAAGGCCACAAAUGAAGUUGCUCCCUGUUUGUUUUCUGGAGUCAGCCAUUUACUUAAUGAGUUUUUCCAAAGAAGACGCUUUCUUCCUCAGCAUUUCGAUGCGUUGCACAUGAAGAUGGAGAGAUAUCCUCCGCAGGUAUAUAGGUUCCCUUAGGGAGCGGAGAGACACUUCUCAUUGUCAGAUCCAUUGAGGUUGCAAAGGAGAUGUCUAAGAUCCAGAACAAAGCAGUGGAUGUAAAACAUCCAGCCCUGAAGAACCCAAAUAAAGGUAAGACAUCCAGCUUUCUCCAUUUAUUAUGACUUAGGGAUUCAUGUCAUCCUCAAACUCAAGGCAAUCGUUGUUUAUGUCUGUAUCCAAAAAGUCUCCUGUCCUGAGUCCUGCUACACUUUUGAUGUUCAUUGUUAGAUGACUGCUUUUCAUAUAUGGUUCAUAUAGGGUUUACUUCCAGGAUUUUCAAAACAUCUACAUUAUCGGUACUUAAUAACAUCUAUUUAUUACUUAAUACAGUGGAUUGUUGGUAUCGGCUGGAGUUUGGACUCCCUCCAAGAGCACUGUGAUAGAUUCCUAGACUGAAACAGAAGGGAAAUUCAUAUGAUUUCAUUUAUCCACAUCUGACAAAACAUGUCCUCUCUAGACAUGUUCCAGGUCCUCCAUCAUGACUCUUAUGAUCCAAGUCUUUCCUUUCGAUGUAAAUAAACCAGAUCUUGAUCUUUUAUUUUCCCCCAAAUGUAUAGGGAGGUAUGCCUCAUGCCACGGACCCGGCUAUGCUUCGCCACUGGAAGCCAUGAAAGGCCCUAAAGAAAAGCUGAUGUAUGUCGUGUGCGUUUUAACCCAAACUGAUACUCGGCAACCUGACUAUUUGGCCACGGUGGACGUAGAUCCGGAAUCGCCAUGUUAUUGCCAGGUCAUCCACCGUCUGCACAUGCCUUACCUGGAUGACGAACUCCAUCACUCGGGCUGGAACGCUCCCGUCAGCACCUUUGGAGACACUGGCAUUGAGCGCAACUGCCUCGUCCUCCCGGGUCUGCGCUCGGGCCGUGUUUAUGUGGUGGACACGGGUUCCGACCUCUGCGCUCCCAGCUUAUGCAAAGUGAUUGAACCUCGAGAAAUCAUCAAGAAAACCGACUUGGGUAACUUGAGCAGCUCACAUUGCUUAUGCAAUGGGGACGUUUUGAUCAGCGCUCUUGGAGAUGCAUUUGGCAACGGAAAAGGUGGAAUUCUCGCUCUGGACUCGGAAACCUGGGAAGUGAAAGGGAACUGGGAGAGUAAGGAAGAUGUACCCGCCGGGAUGUUUGACUUCUGGUACCAGCCGCAGUACAAUGUCCUCAUCACCUCCGAUUUGGGGGAACCCAAGUUCUCUCUCAAUCAGUUCAGCAUAGAUAAUCUGAGAAAAGGGCGUUAUGGCCGUUACCUCCACGUCUGGGACUUGAGCACCCACCACCUCCUCCAAACGAUUGACAUGGGUGAAGAUGCGACCCCGCUGGAGAUCCGCUUCUUGCACAACCCCAACUCUUGUCACGGUUACGUGACAUGCCCCCUAGAAGGCUCAAUCAACCAUUUCUUCAAGACAGAGGAUGGAUGCUGGAGAGUUGAGAAAGUGAUCCAAAUCCCGAACAAGAAGGUAUCAGGGUGGAGGUACCCCGAAGUACCAGCAUUUCCUUUUGCUAUCGUCAUCUCCCUGAAUGACAAGUUCCUCUAUUUAAGCAACUGGCUGCAUGGCGAUGUCCGUCAAUACGAUAUCACAGACCCACACUGUCCCAAACUGGUCGGACAGGUGUUUGUGGGGGGCUGCCUUGAGAAAGGGGGCCCUGUAACUGUCCUUGAGGAUCCAGAGCUGGAUUGCCAACCUGAUCCGUUUGUGAUCCAGGGAAGGAAGGUUCAAGGAGGGCCCCAAAAGCUUCAGCUGAGCUUGGAUGGCCACCGUCUCUACGUCACCAACUCUCUUUACACGCCUUGGGACAAGGAGUUUUACCCUAAGUUGGUCAGGGAAGGUUCGGUCAUGCUCCAGCUGCACGCGAACACUGAGAAGGGUGGCCUUUGUGUGAACCCGGAAUUCCUGGUGGAUUUUGGGCAUGAACCGUCUGGUCCGGCUCGGGCGAAAGAAAUGCGUUAUCCCGGCGGGGAUUGCACCUCCGACAUCUGGGAGUAGAGUGCAUCCUUGGCAAGACAUCUUCAUAUCGGCGGGAGAAUCAAGAAUUGGGAUUCAUCCAAUACUUUUCUGUUCAGUGCUUGUUGUCAUGACUUCUUGCUGUAAAUGUCAACAUGAGACAUACAAUUGUAGUAGCGUAUAUCCAUCUCUUUCUCUGGGUGUCCUUAGGACCGCAUCCUGCCUGCUUCCUCCCUUCUCCACCUCUCACAAUGUCUCAAUGGCAACUUCAUUUCCCCCCUUCAUUUUCUGUCCCUUCCUCCUCCUUUCCUUCUCUUCUUCUUCUUUCUUACCUUCCUAUCAACAGCUUGGUGUGCAAGGCCUUUUAUAAGGAGGGUUUCUGUAAAGAUCCUCAGUUCUGACCAAGAAUAUUAUAAACAGGCUGAUCCUGGUAACAAAUAAAGUGGUUUGAAUGAUAAUAA